AUGAGGUGGUGCAGCGAGGGUAUGACAUUGUCACUCGCCCCUCCUCCUCACAUUGUUACGACUACGAGGUGGUGCGGCAAUAAUAAAAAUAAAAGCUGGGAGUUUGAAUUUCAAAAGGCUUUCUUAAAAUUAAAAUUCAACAAGUCGGCUCUUGUUAUUCAUCGGAACUCGGCGUGGGCUACUCAAGUAGAAGAAGCGUGGUCAAGUUCAAGGGAUUUUGUUGUCGUUAAUUUCUAUCAUUUUGUGUUGAUCAAAAACCCACAAGAACUAGUCGCCAAACACCUCUCUUUCUUGGAAUUGGAGGGUCUAGACAUCAAUGGAAGAAUUUAUUUGAAUCAACAAGGGAUUAAUGCGCAGUAUAGUGGGCCAUCAAAAGACGCUAUCACUUAUGUCAACUGGAUAAAACAGGAUACCAGGUUUUCCGACAUCCUCGUUCAGAUUUCUCCAUCGGAAGCUGGCCAUACCUUUCCAUCAUUGAAGUUGCGCUAUAAGCCUUCCUUAGUACAGUUUAAACAUGGCAUAUCAGAUCUUCCAUUGCUCGAUCCUUCAAUGCGGGCCCUACCUUUAUCACCUUCACAAUGGAGACAUAGAUUACAAGCCAUCAAUCAAAAUCCCAACACAAAUAACAUUAUAUUGGAUGUCAGAAAUGGUUAUGAGUGGGACAUUGGACAUUUUCGUGGCGCUCAACGACCUAACGUGGACUGUUUUAGGAGCACUUCGUUUGGACUGUCUCAAGAAGAGAUCACUGCUUCAGAUCCUUUGUCAAAUGUAGAUAAAGAAAAUGCAAACAUAUUGAUGUAUUGCACAGGAGGGAUUCGGUGUGAUGUGUAUUCUACAAUACUGAGGCAGCAUGGAUUUCAGAAUUUGUAUACUCUGAAGGGAGGUGUUUCUCACUAUAUAAAGAAUGAAGGUGCUGCAGAAUGGGCCAUUCCUGAAGGUGGGAUGACUCCAGUUUCUAGAGAUGAUAAGUUUGCCAAAUGCUACAUAUGUAAUGUAGAAGUCAGUGAACUGAGACAUCGGAAUUGUGCAAACCUUGACUGUAACUUGCUUUUUCUAUGCUGCAGAAAAUGUGUAAAUGAUCUAAAAGGAUGUUGUUGUUUGACUUGUACUACUGCCCCUAGGCUUAGACCUGCUUUAAUUGGAGAGCAGAGAUACAGGAAAUGGCACAUUUAUCGUGACAUGGAUUUGCAAGGCAAGGGGAAUUGA